CGUAAAUCUUCGCCCAGCCACCAAUAAUUCCUCGCUUAUCGACUCACCCCUGCUCGCUUGUUGCACACCCCGGCCCCAAUGACGUUUAACUGGUAAGCAUAACCUCAAGCCUGGUUUCGCAGACCACGUCAACCGACCAAGAUUUUGCGCUGAAGAUCUUCGCAAAAUGGAGUCACUUCUGGGCGGUGCAAAGCAAGUUUGCGCUUCAACCGCCAGGGUUUGGCGCUUGUACCUGACUGUUUGCCCUCCCAGACCCUUGUUUCGGUGACGUGACGGUACACAAAGGGACUGGAAUGCCAAGCCGACCCUUCUGUACAUAUAUUCGUUGUCUCUCCUUCCACUCACCACCACAUCUCCCUUACCCUCCAGUAUCGCCGUUGGUGCUGCUUCAACUCACAGACACACAUACGCACAUACCCAAGCAAAUUCAAGUCGCCCAUCAGCCAUGCGGUUUCUAGCCAUCGUUCCGAUUCUCUGCUGCACCGCAGCUCUGAUACUCUCCUUCUUAUGUCUUUUCGCAGGCCACAAACCGUCCUUCAUGACCGACUACCCCAUCAUGACCCUCAACGUGAGUCGCUUGCCUGAAGGUCUGGUGAAUUCUACUCUUGAAUCCGAUUCGAGCCCUCUGAGCUCCCUGUGGGAUAAAGUACCCUCGGGAAUCAAAGACCCCAUCGAGGGCGCUGCCAACUCGGUCGCCAGUUCCAUAGGCGAAGAGCUCGGAAUCGAAGACUGGUACUCGGCUCAUCUCCUGGACUUCUGCUACGGUCAAUACACGCCCACCGAGUCUCCCAACGCAACCAUCUCCGCAGGAGACAUCGACAAGAACGUCACGGGCUGCUCCAACCAAACCGCAAUGUUCCACUUCGACCCCCAGCAAAUCAUCGAAGACGCACUCAACAAGUCCGGAACGGGCAUCACCCUCGACGAUUUGAAGUGGCCUGAAGAUAUUCAGACCGGCCUCGACACUCUCCGCGUCGUCUCCGUAACGGCAUUCGUGCUGUACUGCAUCGCUAUAGCCCUCAUCUUCAUUGCGCUUGUCGCCGCUCUCCCCGCGCUCUUCGCUCAAGGUCGUCUCGCCGCCUGUUUGAACUGGAUGGUUGGAAUCCUUGCUUUCCUUGCUAUCGGUCUCGCCAGCGCUCUCAUCACCGCUCUCAUCGUCAAGGGAGGCAACAUUGUCAACGAGAAGGGUAAUCCCGUCGGCGUCGAGGCACACCGCGGCAACAAAUUCCUGGCCCUCACGUGGGCUGCUACCGGCUUGAUGUUCAUCACGCUUUUGGUGUGGAGCUUCGAGAUCUGCUGUGGGCCCCACUCGAGGCGCGCGAAGAAGAACACUUAUUCGCCUGCUAAGCACGGUUAA